AUGAACCCACAACGGCAUAAUAAUUUAUCAACAAAAUUAACUCUAUGCAAGAUUUUAGCCGUUACAGCCUUUGUUAUAUACAUUAUCAUCGUGUAUCAUAAUUCUGAAUCUCACAUCUGCAAAUUACCAGUCGAUCGAACAUUGAAUAAAGCUGCUACCUUUAUAUCUUCACCUUCACCGUCGCCUUUGUCGUUGCCAUCGCCAUCACCGCCUCCUCCUACAUCAACAAAUGUUAGCCAGCUGGUAUUUUGUAUCUCAGGAUCGGUUAAGGCGUGGGGCAACCGUAGGUCGUAUAUCAGAGAAUGGUGGAGGCCGAAUAUCACGCGCGGGUAUAUCUUUUUUGAUAAAGAACCCACGGUGGAUAUUUUACCAUGGGCUUAUGAUAAUCUCCCUCCCUAUCGCGUGUCUGAGAACACCACAAAUCUUGAGGUGUACUCGAGACACGUGAAGCCUGACGUUAUCAGGAUCGUGAGGACAAUCCUGGAAACGUUUAGGGAGGGAGAUAUGGAUGUUAGAUGGUAUAUUAUUGGAGAUGAUGAUACCAUUUUUUUCUUGGAUAAUAUGGUGCAACUUUUAGGGAGGUAUGAUCACACCAAAUAUUUCUAUAUUGGUGGGAUAUCCGAAUGCAUUAAGUCGAAUUUCGACUUCUCGUUCGAGAUGGCGUUUGGUGGCGCAGGGUUCGCGCUAAGUUACCCGUUGGUGGAGGCUUUGGUCGCGAAUCUUGAUCAAUGCAUUGGGACUUACCCCUUUUAUUUUGUUAGCGAUCAGAUUUUGAGUGCUUGCAUUGCUGAUCUUGGUGUUUCUCUUACGUCUGAAAAGGGGUUUCAUCAGAUUGAUCUAGUGGAUGACAUUUCCGGAUUCUUAUCGGCUCACCCACACGCACCGUUGAUCUCCCUCCACCACCUCGACAUCGUCUCUCCAAUAUUCCCCACCAUGGACAAACAUAAGUCUCUUAGACAUCUCAUGACUGCAGCUAAAGUCGAUCAGACACGCCUUCUCCAACAAACCGUUUGCUACCACAAGCAAAAUUAUUGGACAUUUUCGAUAGCUUGGGGCUACUCGGCUUACAUUUAUGAGCAGUUGAUCCCUCGAAGCAUUCUUAGAAGACCUUUUGAGACGUUUACUCCAUGGAGCUUGAUACGAAAACCACCAGAUUAUAUGUUCAACACACGAUUAGUUACCAACAAUUCAUGUGAAACUCCCCAUAUUUUCUACUUCCAUUCCAUAACCAAAGUCAAUAGUAAUAACGAUAGUGAUAGUGAUAGUAAUAGUAAUAGCAACACUUGUUCUCCACAUAAUUCGGCGGAUCAUAUUUCAAAGAUUCAAGUUUACACUCCGGCAACAAAAUUAAACUUUGUUGAACAUAGAGGGGAAUGUUGUGAUGUAUUAAAUAUUGAUGACAAGAACACGGUAGAAAUCAGGAUAAGGGAUUGCAAGAAGACUGAGAUCAUAAUAGUUUAG